GCAAAUGUAAAAAGUUCCUCACUUCCUCCGUAACAAUGGCGACUUUUUGGCCGCCCUCUUCAUCUUCAAACUACUCUUCUAGUUUCCUUUAUUUACAAUCAUGCUCUUCCCUCUUCUUCGUCUUCCUCCUCCUCUUUCUGACCUCUGCAACUUGUUCACUCACCGUUGAAUCAUCCUUAGUGAAUCCUCACUCCUUCACAGCCCCAGGAAUCUCGUACUCGGAUCACUGCAACCACAUAGUUGCAGAGUCUACGACCGACCCUUCUCCCUCCGCCGUGUUCAGCCGUGCGUCGCUCGGUUUCGAUGUCAGCUUCUUCUCCGGCGGCGACUCUUUCUUCAAGAGGUAUCAAUCACAGAACGGUGAUAUUAAAUCUGCUAGGUUUAGACCCAGAUCAAUACGCAAAACUUUGGGCGAUGGGGGAAUUUACAAGGUUGAAGCCAAAUUGACUUUAGAAAUCUCAAAAACCUCAGCUUCUUCUUUUUAUUACGGCGGCGAUUUUGGGCAACGGAAGAUUCAGGUAACGCAGAUCGACGGACGCAGGAUCCCGGUGAGCUUUCGGGGAGGACCAAGUUUCGAUUUUUAUGGGUUUUGGUCGGAGUCUACAGGACAAGUCUGUAUGGUUGGAUCGGCGCAAGUUUUGCCUGGGGAAGGUACUGAUUUGAAGACCUUUGAUGCUCGUCUUAUGCUUAACUAUUCAAAGGACUCUAAUAUCUAUGGAAGUUUGGUUAAGGGACUGUUAGAGAGCGUGAAUAGCCAAAGUAGUUUUGAAACUAUUUCGAUUCUUGGUGCGAGAAACACUCCUUUGAACUAUGAGUAUAAGUUGUUAGAGCAAGCGAAAUCGGAUUGCGGGAUUAACAGUGAAGUGAGUUUGUCGUUAGAGAAUGUUUUGGGAGGAAUGUGUAAGGUUUUUAAAGGUAGAGUUCAUGUGUUUGGUCUGAUGUACAGAAAUGAUUGUGGGAUUAACCAUAGUUGCGGUCCUUUAGGAAGUGAUGUAGAGUACACACCGGCUUCUAUGUCACUAUUGUCGUUUCUUUGUGAUGGGGAGAGGAUGCGGAUGGUACUGUCAUUUAGUAACUUUAGUAGUUUUAUCAGGUUGUUUCCGUUUGAUCCGAGCACCACUUUGGUUGCAGAGGGAACUUGGGAUGUAGAGAAGAAUAGGUUCUGCGGUGUUGCGUGCAGGAUCUUGAAUUUCUCGGGUUCUUUGAGUAAUGCUGUGGUUGGUGACUGUUCCCUGAGGUUAAGUUUAAGAUUUCCUGCUAUCUUGUCGAUUAAAAGCAUGGCUCCAGUAGUUGGCCAGCUUUGGAGUGCCAAAACGGAGAAUGAUCCAAGCUACUUCAGAAGAAUCAAGCUAUCGAGCCUAAAUGAUCCACUGUGGCGUUUCCCUAGUCUGAGAUAUGAGUAUACAGAAAAAGAGAGAUUGGGUAAGUUAUGCGAGGCUGGCAAGAGUCACCACAAAAGCAAAGCAAACCAUUACCCUGAUGCUCAAACUUCAGACAUGAGAUUUGUUAUGUCAGUGAAAUUUUCUGGAGGAGACAAUGUGUUAAGAUCUGCUCGUGCAAGCCCUUUCUUUGUGGGAGAUCGAUUGUAUCGCGAUCUUUUGGUUCGUGGGCAAGGGGUUGGGCUGACUGGAACCCCUAUGAAUGUCAACAGUGUCACCAACAGCUUCACAAAUAUAACAUAUAAGAUCCAUUUUUUGAACCCGUUUUCUGAAUCCCGUGGAGAUAUCUAUGCUGAGGGAACAUAUGAUAGAAAUACAGGUGAACUAUGUAUGGUAGGAUGUCAAUCAGUUAGGCUAAAUAGCACGGUGGUGAUGCAAAACGAGACUGUGGAUUGCAAUCUUGCAAUCAAUAUAAAGUUUUCUCGUAUUGAUUCAAAAAGCGAUGACCGUUUAAAAGGAACCAUCGAAAGCACACGGGAAAAGACAGAUCCGUUUUAUGUUGGACGUAUGGAGGUUUUGUCGAGGUCGAUUUAUGUUCAUCAAGCCAAAGAAUCUGUUUGGAGAAUGGAUUUGGAGGUUGCAAUGGUUUUAGUAUCCAAUACACUUUCAUGUUUCUUCGUGGGGAUGCAACUCUACCAUAUGAAGAAACACCAAGAAGCACUUCCAUUCAUCUCCAUCACAAUGCUGAUACUUCUUACAUUAGGUCACAUGAUUCCUUUGUUGUUAAACUUUGAAGAACUCUUUAAAAGCCGCCAUAACCAGCAAAGUUUGUUUUUCGAGAACGACAGAUGGCUUGAAGCCAAGGAAAUUGUGGUGCGGAUAGUGACACUGAUAGCUUUCUUACUAGAGUGCCGUCUUCUCCAACUAGCUUGGACUGCUAGAAAUACUGAAGAUUAUCAUCACCAUCAAGGUGUGUGGAAUGCAGAAAAGAAGGUUUCUUAUGUGUGUUUACCUCUUUACAUCACUGGUGGAUUGAUUGCUUGGUUAGUAAACCAUAACAGAACUCCUAAAAGAAUAGUAUACUUUGGAAAACCGCAUGCACGGAAUCUUUUGUACCGUCCGGUGAACCUGAAACGCUCUUUUCAACGUCCUCCUUUGUGGAAAGAUCUGAAAUCUUAUGGAGGUUUGAUGCUAGAUGCAUUCCUCCUUCCUCAGAUACUCUUCAACGGAUUCAGCAACUCAGACUUAAAGCCUCUUGCUGCUUCGUUCUAUGGUGGAAACAGCUUCGUUCGAUUGCUUCCUCACGCUUAUGAUCUGUACAGAAGCCGCAGCUAUGGGAAGAUUCUUGAUUGGUCAUUCAUUUAUGCAAAUCACAAAAUGGAUUAUUACUCUACGGCAUGGGAUAUCAUUAUCCUCUGUAUCGGUUUCCUAUUCGCUUUUCUGAUUUUCUUACAGCAGAGAUUUGGUGGUCGUUGUUUCAUUCCAAAGAGAUUCAGAGAAAAUGUGGGAUAUGAGAAAGUUUUAGAGCUACAAGAAGCUGGUGAGCAACACAAUACCAAUGAUUCUUGACAAUAUAUACAUAGACAAAGUUUUUGCUGUCAUAUAUAUACAACAAGUGUAUUUUCUUUUUAACCUUUUUUGGCUGUAAUCUCUACAUUAUUUUUUUUUGGGAAAACCAAAUUGUUACAGAGUGAAUAGAAACUUGCGAAAGCUUCACCUUU